AUAUAUGCAUAAUUAUUUAUCCUAGUGAAUAAGCAAAGUGAAAGGCUCAAAAUUCAGAUUCCAUCCAAUGAACAACCAAACAACUCUUUUCUUCCUGCUUCUCUUUUUUAUCAGCACCACAUCAUCAGUAGUUUUAGCCAAAAAUUUCCUCUCAAGAGGCUCUUCUUUAACAAUCAAAGAUGUUACAAACUCAGAUAAUCUCCUCAUUUCCCCUGACAAAACCUUCAGCUGUGGCUUUCACAGUUUUGGAACCAAUGCAUACUGGUUUUCAAUAUGGUACACCAACACAAAGGAACAGACCAUUGUUUGGACAGCCAACCCAGACAAGCCCGUUAAUCGACGCGGUUCACGACUAUCUCUAAGAAGAAAUGGUGCAAUGGUGUUGAUAGACUAUGAUGGUACAACGGCUUGGGAAACAAACACCACAAAAUCAAAUGUUGAUAGAGCUGAGCUUCUCAAUACUGGGAACCUUGUUCUAAAAGAUCCCACUGGUAAUAUUCUUUGGCAAAGCUUUGAUCAUCCUACUGAUACUUUACUUCCUCAUCAACUUUUUACAAAGAACAAACCAUUGGUCUCUAGGAUUGGUCCUCAGAUGGUUGGUUCUGGCUAUUUUAGUUUAUUUUUUGAUAGUGGUAAUGUGCUUAAACUGAUAUAUGAUGGCCCUGAAAUUUCCAGCAUUUAUUGGCCUGAUAUAACUUUACAUGCAUAUCAGAAUGGUAGAACACAUGCCAAUAAUAGUAGAAUUGCAAUCCUAGAUGACAUGGGCACUUUUUCUUCAAGUGAUCAGCUAGAGUUUAGUGCUUCAGAUGUAGGUGUUGGGAUUAGAAGACGGAUAACACUGGAUUACGAUGGUAAUUUGAGGGUUUAUAGCUUGAAUGAGUCGUCUGGGUUUUGGAACAUAACAUGGCAAGCGGUAGCUAUGCCAUGUGAUGUCCAUGGUCUUUGUGGUAGAAAUGGUAUUUGUGUUUAUACACCAGAGCCGAAAUGUAGUUGCCCGCCUAACUAUGAACCCACUGAUUUAAGUGAUUGGAACAAAGGGUGCAAGCCGAAAUUCCAUAGGAGUUGCUCAGACUCUGAGUUUGUUGAGCUUACACAUGUUGAUUACUAUGGGUUUGACCUUAACCGUACUCAAUCUACUUCUUAUGAAGAUUGUAGGCAAAGUUGCUUGAGAGAUUGUCGGUGUGAGGCAUUCAAUUACAGACAUACAGGUGAAGCACUGUGUGUUACAAAAAAUUCUCUUUUUAAUGGAGUGAGGUCUGUUAAUUUCUCAGGGAGCAUGUAUCUUCGAGUACCAAGAAGUAGAACACAGACAUUGAAUCUGGUAAUGGACUAUAAUGUGUCUCGUAUUGAUUGUGGGAUCAGGGGGCAAGGUAAAGUACUUGUAUUGCCCAACAUAUAUGACAUCACAAAUCAAAGAUUCAAAUGGAUUUAUAUUUACGUAUUUGCAUUUGUCAUCGGUACACUUGAAGUAGUCCUUCUAGCAGCAGGGUGGUGGUUUCUUUACAAAAAGCAUGGUCUUUCAGCUUCAAUGGAAGAUGGAUAUCGUGCCAUUUCAAAUCAGUUUAGGAGCUUUAACUACAGUGAGCUCAGAAAUGCAACAAAAAAUUUCAAGGAAAUUAUAGGAAGAGGAGGCUUCGGUGCUGUUUACAAGGGUAUUCUUGCAGAUAAGAGAGUAGUUGCUGUCAAGAAAUUAGAAAAUGUGGUCCAAGGUGAGGAAGAAUUUUGGGCUGAAGUGAGCACAAUUGGAAAAAUCAACCAUAUGAACCUUGCAAGAAUGUGGGGUUUUUGUUGUGGAAAGAAACAAAGAUUGUUGGUCUAUGAACAUGUGGAAAAUGGAUCUUUGGACCAACAUCUGUUUUUAAACAAAACCUUCCUGGACUGGAAACAGAGAUUCAAAGUUGCAAUAGGCACAGCUAAAGGCUUAGCUUACCUUCACCAUGAGUGUCUAGAAUGGGUUAUUCAUUGCGACGUCAAACCUGAAAACAUACUCUUAGAUGGGGAAUUUGAGCCGAAGAUUUCAGACUUUGGCCUGGCAAAAUUAUGUCAAAGGGAAAGUCAUGGCUCAUCUGAUUUCACCGGUAUAAGAGGCACUAAAGGUUAUAUGGCUCCCGAAUGGGCAAUGAACUUACCGAUUACUGCAAAGGUUGAUGUCUACAGUUAUGGUGUUGUUAUCCUAGAACUCGUGAAGGGAAUUCGACUAUCAAGUUGGGUGGUGGAUGAUCAUGACGGCUUUGAAGAAGUACCUGAACUUUUAAGAUUUAUGAGAAUAGCUAAAAAGAAAAUGCAGAAUGGAGAAGAUUCAUGGGUAGAAGACUUGAUAGACCCAAGAUUAGAAGGCAAGUUUAACAGGAAUCAAGCUGCUACAAUGAUUGAAGUUGGACUCUCUUGUGUACAGGAUGAUAGAAAUAAGAGGCCAACCAUGGAAUCAGUUGUGCAAGUUCUCGCAGAAUGUGAGGAAGAAAUGCCAGUGCACACUCCCUGCACUAUCUGACUCCAAUUUCUCUUGUUGUACCAUAUAUGUCCUGAAUUAAAAUUGUUCAACUCUCAAUGUACUUUUAUGUAACGACACUCAAUGGAAUAAGUUUUGCAAUUUUAUUCAA